UGCCGGCGGGCAUCUGCUCUCACACUGCUUUGCCUUCACAAUCCUUCUCUUUCCUGUUUCAAUCUAGAGCCUCCUCCCCAAACUCCCAAACGAGCUUUGCUGAAAUUCUGGAAUUCAAAGAAAUACAAGCUCCCAGCAGUGCCUGCAGAUGGGGAAAAGAGCAAUGACCUGACGUUUCGAAGAGCCCUGAGCCGACAACUCAAAGCUGCUUUGCAGAACCACCGCCGGUCCCUGCUGACCCGCACAGAGAAGCUUUGCACCAAUGUGGAAGACACUGAAUCCUGUGGCCACAUCGAGAUCCGCUACACCGACCUGCUGCUGUCCGACAGCCCUCGCUCUGCUUCCAGCAGCCACGACUACUUGCACCUGGCCUCCCGCCGUGCCCGCCUCUACUCCCUCCAUGCCCCCCGCCGCCUGGCUCUGAGCCAGCUUUUCUCCCCGCUGCCCGAGGAGAGUUCCCAACCUCGCCGGGUAAUGCUGAGUGGGGCGGCCGGCAUCGGCAAGAGCGUCGCGGCCCAGAAGAUCGUCCACGACUGGGCGUUGGGAGCGGCCUUCCAAAAGGCCCUUUGCAUGCUAGACUUCUCCUUCCGGGAGCUCAGCCUCAUCAGGACACCCCAGAGCCUCGAGGACCUGAUCCGCAGCAAGCAUGUCCACCUGAGCGGGGUUCUCCCUGAGCUGCUAGAUCGGCCUGGGGAACUUCUGGUGAUUUUAGAUGGCCUGGAUGAGUUCCGGCACUCCCUCGAGAGCAAGAAUCCCCGUUUCCAAUCGGACCAGCCAGCUCACAUCAAAGAUCUGGUGCACGGACUCCUCUAUGGGACUUUGCUACCCGAGGCCACCAUUGUGGUCACGUCAAGGCCUUCUGCUGCCCUUCCAGAAGACCUCUUUGACCGCCACGUCAUUAUCCUUGGCUUCCAAGAGCAGCAGGUAAAGGACUACUUCUUCCGCUUCUUCCGUAACCCAGCACGAGCUGCAGAUGUGCUUGGUUACAUAUCUGCCCACGAGGGCUUAGCCAGCCUCAGCUUCAUUCCCCUCUACUGCUUUAUUCUCUGCACAGCGCUGGGGGAAUUCUUCCCACGGACAGGGGUGAUGGAGGCCUCCCCACCGAGCACCAUCACCGAGGUCUACCGCCAGUAUUUGAGCACCAUCCUCCGGCUGCGACGAGCAGGGGAAGCUGGCGGCGCCUUGGAAAAAGCCAAAAACUUGGUGCUGCAGCUUGGCAAGCUAGCCUACGCUGGUCUGCUGAAGGGGAAGGUUGUCUUCUAUGCAGAUGAGCUGCGGGGUUUCGGCUUCGACCCAGAGAACCUGCCCAGCACUUUCUUGAACCAGAUCUUCUUCCAGGAGAAAGACGAGGUCUAUGCCUUCUUCCACUUGACCAUACAGGAGUUCUUAGCUGCGUUGUAUUCGGUGGCUAUCUUGGACCCCAGUACUGAGGAGUUAACUUCUUGCCUGGAUCUCUGGUGGGAUGGAGAAGCUCCAGAAGGUGGGCAGGCCGAGAGACUUCUGCCCUCACCAGAUGGACGUGCUCCAGCUGGACUUCUCGGCUACACUAGGGAGUUCCUGAGCGGAGGCCAACAGUGGGACAACCUGCAGAUGUUCUCCAGGUUCUUCAUGGGCCUCUUGAGCUCCAGGAUGCAGGGGAAGCUGGAGAGCUUGGCUGAUGGCCUAACAGGGGACCCCCUUGUUCCUUUGGCGGAGUGGCUGGGGAAGAAAGCUCAGUACGAAUCAGACCGGAAGCUGCUCUCCUUGCUGCAUUGCCUGGCAGAGCUCCACCAGGACUGGGUGACACAGAAGGUAGCUUCCAACCUGGAUGAAGUGGAUCUGUUCAAGGUGACCUUGAACCCAGCUGACUGUGCAGCCCUGGCCUAUGUCUUGGGCUGCUCGGAGCAUAAGAGGCUACGGAACCUCAACUUGAGCUACAGCAACAUGGGCAUCGGGGGGCUGAGGCGACUCCGGGGGCUCCUCCAUCGGUGUGAGACUCUCCAGUUGCGGUACAAUUCUCUGGACUGUGAGGCAGCAGCCAUAGAAGCUGAAAUACUCAGGUCCCCAAGGUGCCAGGUGAAACGACUCCUGUUUUGUGGGAACUGCCUGGGCUCUGAAGGGGUGAGGGGUUUAUGGGAUGCUCUCCAGGAGAACACCACCCUCGAAGAGCUUUAUCUGGAUAUCACAGGAAUCACAGAUAGUGGCUUGGAUAAUAUCAUGGAUUCCUUGAUGGGCAACAGAACGCUCAGGCUCUUGACCAUUGUGGGGAACCGCUUGAGCAAAGCUGGGAAAGAAGUCCUCUCCGAGUUGAGUCGCAGGAAGCCGGAGCUCAAGAUCAUAAGCAGUUUCCUGUCUGACAUGGGGCUGCUGCAGGCAUAUUUGGACUGGGUGGAAGAGAUCAAAGCAGACCAGGAACAGAUGGAGUCAGUCAAGAAUGCUGACGCCUUGCGCUCUGUCCUGGAAGUUCUGGGGGAAACAGAAGAUCCAGGAGCCAGCCAGGAAGCUCGGGAAAGAGCUGAACUACUGAAGAAACAAAUCACUGUCCUCCUGGGGGAGGAGAAAGCAAAGGAAAAUGGGACCCCGUGAUGUCUACUUUGCUUCACCUGUCCUGCAAAUUGAGGCAUCUGCUGGGAGGCCAAAGGACACCAUCUCAACGGGUAUAUUCUGCAACAUGUUGUGGAUGCAAUAUUAGGGCGUUAGUGGUAGACUUUUACUGGACCGUCCGCACAUCAUUCUGCCUCAGUCGUUGUUCUGAGAUGCCUCCUUAGUGUUACCUUGUUCUCCCUCUAUAGUGCAACAUUCCCCCUGGGGUUGUUAGGUAUGGAAAGUUAUUGAACUUCCAACAGGAAGCUACUACAGGAUGUGUAAGCGAUUAGAAAUGAAGUCCUGAAAUGUUUGCAGCUAUAAACAGUCCUGAGAUCAGGAUCAUGUCUUAAGUGCCCCAACAUUAGCAAAAAUACUUGUGGGUGCCUUCGCCUGCCCUACCUGCAAUAGAACAUGUCUCUCCCGUAUCUACAGCCACAGCAGGCGCUGCAAUUCUCCAACGGUUUGAAUUCACCCCUGAAGGCGCAAUCUUUCAUUGUCUCCAGGAGACAGACGGAUGAUGCCAACUGAGUAUCUGUGGACACACAAUAUAAAGGACCUCUGGAUGGGCACCUCAGCCUACCCAUAGCUUUUUCUGCGUGGGGAAUCUCCCUACCCUACUCAGCCCCUUGGACACAGGAAGCUGUCUUUAUACUAGGUCAGUUUAUUUGUUCAUGCUCUGUGCUAGCAGCUGCUCUUGGGAAGACAUCUCUCGCAUCACCACAGACUGCAGAGUAUGAGGGCACAUCUGGGCCCCUGUGGCCAGCGAGGGGACCAAGGGCCACUGGGAGCCUGUACCCACUGCCUCCCAGGAAUAACAUUUAAGGCAAGGGGUAGACCUCAUUGGUCCUAUUGAUCAACUGGAGAAAGCGCAGCUGCGAAAAGGAGCUUGCUUCCUGAGAAAACGCUGCAGAAGCAAAGGCGGAAGGACGUUGUGACGCCAUCCUUCAGCCCAAGCAGGGGGUGGGUGCUUCUUUCAGCCUGAGAACCACAUCCCCUUCUGAUCAACCAUCCAAGAGUCACAGGGCAGUGGUGGGUGAAGCCGGGGGCAAAAGUGGGUGGAGCAACACAUGUAAAUUCUACCUUUGUACAGUAGGUGAGCUAAUACACGCACUCUCCAGGCAUGGUAGAGGCAUUAUUAAAGUCCAAUGUCACAUUCCAGGCAGGCGAAAACACUCCGGGGACAAAGCAGGACCUGUGAAAGCUGUAUUGGGACCCUGGGCCUAAGGUUGCCCACCCCCGAGCCAAAGGAACAAGGUCUGCCAACUUCCAUUCAAGCAACGAUGCCAGCAAAGGGAAAUGAGCCUGGCCUGAAAGGGAUAUAAAUGUUCACAGCUCACCAUUUUGUUCUGGGCUUUCAAGAGCUGCUCUACCUCCUCUUCCUUUUCCCUCCCCUCCCCUUUUCCUUGCGUGUCUUGUCUCUUUCACCUGUGAGUCUGUUGUCCGGGCCUCUCUCCCUCGUUUCAUUUAUGGGAGCUGUUUGGGGGAGACAAUAAUUGCCUGGAAAGUGGAAUGAAAAUAUCAUUAAGUAAAGGAGUAAAAUCA